AUGGCUGACGAACAACCCGCAACACAGCCACCGGCUGCCGAGGCCAAGGACUUGCACACUGACCCCGUCACUGGCGAGAAGAUCUCCAAGAGUGAACUGAAGCGUCGCCAGAAGCAGCGUGAGAAGGACGAGAAGAAGAAGGAGAAGGCGGCCGCGCUCCCGGUGCAAACCAAGAAGGAGAAGAAGGACGAUGUCGAAGAAUUGAACCCAAACCAAUACUUCGAAAUCCGAUCCAACAAGAUUAACGCACUUCGUGCCUCUAAGCAACCGAACCCGUACCCGCACAAGUUCCACACCAACUACAAGCUCCCCGACUAUGUUCGCGACUACUCGCACCUCAAGAAGGGAGAGACCGAGCCCGACAAGGAGAUUCGCAUUGGUCUCCGCGUCAUGACACAGCGCUCUGCCUCCAACGCGCUGCACUUCUAUGUUUGCCAGGCUGAGGGUACCAAGAUCCAGGUCAUGUGUCAAUUACAGGAAGCCAAGGCCGACGUACCUUUUGAGAAGCAACAUGAGAACAUCCAGCGUGGAGACAUCAUCGGUGUCAUCGGCUUCCCAGGUCGCACAAGUCCCAAGAAGGGUGGUGAAGGCGAGCUGAGUAUCUUCGCGCGCGAAGUGAUCCUCCUUACUCCCUGCCUGAGGAUGUUGCCAACGGAGCACUUUGGUUUCAAGGACCAGGAGCAACGCCACCGCAACCGAUUCCUCGAUCUCAUCAUGAACGACUCAACACGCAACACCUUCAUCACUCGCUCCAAGAUCAUCAAGGCCGUUCGCAAGUAUCUCGAUGAACGAGACUUCCUGGAAGUGCAGACACCUAUGAUGAACAAGAUUGCUGGUGGUGCGACUGCACGACCCUUCAAGACAUACCACAACGAACUCGACAUGGAGCUUUACAUGCGUAUCGCGCCCGAGCUUUACCUCAAGGAGCUCGUAGUAGGAGGUCUUGAGAGGGUAUACGAGAUUGGGCGUCAAUUCCGUAACGAGGGUAUCGAUCUCACCCACAACCCUGAGUUCACCACUUGCGAAUUCUAUAUGGCCUACGCUGACUACAACGACGUCUUGAACAUGACCGAAGAGCUCGUCAGUGAGUUAGUCAAGGAGGUCACUGGCAGCUACGAGACGGUCUACCAUACCCAGGACGGCGAGAUCUACAAUGUCAACUGGGCAAGGCCAUGGAGGCGAGUCGAAAUGAUACCCGCAUUGGAAGAGGCGACUGGUGAGAAGUUCCCACCAGCGGACCAGCUACACACUGCCGAGACCAACGAGUUCCUCAAGAAGGUGCUCAAGAAGGUCAACGUCGACUGCUCAGAGCCUCGCACCAACUCAAGAAUGAUCGACAAGUUGGUUGGUGAGUUCAUCGAGGAGACUGCUAUUAACCCUACAUUCAUCAUCGGUCACCCCGAGGUCAUGUCACCACUCGCCAAAUACCACCGCGAUACCCCUGGUCUCUGCGAGCGUUUUGAGGCAUUUGUGUGCAAGAAGGAGAUCUGCAACGCCUACACUGAGUUGAACGAUCCAUUUGACCAACGUCUGCGAUUCGAAGAGCAAGCGAACCAGAAGGCUGCUGGUGAUGAUGAAGCACAACUCAUUGACGAGACAUUCUGUCAGUCGCUCGAAUACGGUCUGCCGCCCACUGGUGGCUGGGGUAUGGGUAUCGACCGUCUAGUCAUGUUCUUGACAGACCACUAUUCCAUUAAGGAGGUGCUCACCUUCCCCUUCAUGAAGGACAUCGUUGAGGUCAAGAAGCCCGCCGCGGAGGUUGUCGACGUAACCCCCAAGCCCACUGAGGGCAUUCCACACAAGUAG